GAGUAUGUCAGGGGACUCAGAACAGAGCCCUGGGGUGCUCCGGUGUUAAGGAUGAGGGUGGAAGAGGUGUGUCCGCCCACCCUCACCAUCUGUGGUCGAUCUGUCAGAAAGUCAAGGAUCCACAUGCAAAGUGAGGGGUUUAAUCCCAGGUCCUUGAGGUGCUGAACUGUAGUCAAUGAACAGCAAUCUCACAUAGCUUCCUUUCUUUUUCAGGUGAGAUAGGGUGGUGUGGAGGAUGUGUGCUAGCUACCGUUGAUCGGUUGAGACGGUAGGCAGACUGUAAUUGGUCCACUGUGCUGGGUAGUGAAGAGCAGUUGUAAUCCUUGACCAGUCUUUCAAAGCAUUUUAUCCCUACAUAGGUGAGUGCUACUGGGCAAUAGUCAUUCAGGCAGUCUGGUCUUAUUUUCUUGGGCACAGGAAUGAUGGUGGACUUGUUGAAGCAUGUGGGUAUGGCAAACUGAGCCAGUGACAGGCUGAAUAUCAUUGUGAACACUGGCACUAGUUGGAUCAGCACACAGUUUGAGGACCCACCCACUGAUGCUGUCAGGUUCUGCUGCUUUCUUGGUGUUCACAUUCUUGAUAGUUCUCCUGACGUCUUGCUCAGAAAGGGAGAUGGGUGUGAGAGGUGCACCCACCCAUCCAUUAGGGACAGCAUCUUAUCUAGGGUUCCUCUCGUGGUUCAGAAACGGUCUGCUAGCGACUGGGAUCGGAGUCAUCGCAUUUGUCCAGAGCGAAGUGGGACGAGAAGCAGGAUAUGCCUUCUUUAUCCUGGGAGGUGUGUGUGUGUCUUUUGGCAGUGCCUCGUACAUUGGCAGCCUUUUUACCUUGCGGAGGAUGAUGCUGCUGUCUGUGCCAGCGCUGCUGCUCCAGAGCGCCACGGUGUGCAGCGUCGCCCUCUUCUGGCUCUGUGCAGUAUCUCUCUACAUCGGCCGCCUGGAGGUAGAGAUCAUCCAUGAGGGGGAGGAGGGAGAGGAUGAGGAUGAGUGCCGGGAGUGCCGCGAGAGGCGUGAACACCGGGGUUACCGUGGCUCCCACAACAGCAGACAUCACGACAGUGAGGACAGUGAUGGCAAGGGGCCGAACAAGUAGACAUCUAGUAAGACAUCUUGGAUGGAAAGGACGUAUGUGUGGCUUUGAUUCAGGGCUUCCCCUUAUUUGUAUGUAUGUAUGCGUGUUUGUGUGUGCACACGCGUGCAAGCAGCCUACAUGUUCAUGUGUAGGCUGUGAGUCUAUCAUGACGCAGACUUAUUGUUUAUUGUUAUGUUGAUGUAAAAAAUUAUGGUUUUGCUGAAGACCUUUUAGACCUUUUGGAAAACUGGUCAGAAAAUGCUGAAUAUUUGGUAGUUUGACUGCAUUCACUUUUGGUGAAUAAAUCAGCCUUUUUGUAAGAUUUCUUAGAUAUAUUCAAAGCUGCUUCACUUACAUUUUCAAACUGUGUGAAAAUUGUAUUGACUUAUUAUCAGGAACACUGCAAAGACACACUGAGAACAUAUCUGUUAAUAUACGUUUAGUUAUCACUGCACCGUCUGCAAUCAUUUUUAGACCAUUUGUCUUAUCUUGUUCAACAUAAUAAACUGAUUGACUUGAAGUUUUCUUAAAAUAUUGAAAUAAAACAAGCUGGUUGUGAAAUGCUAGAAAGAAUGGUCAUAAACUAUGUGCGUGCUUCAGGUUUGUGUUUUUUUUUA